UAACUGCUACUUGUUAUAAAGCUUGCAGUAAAAAUAAAAACAGUGCAGGAUGGCUGAGCAGCGCGGCGCGGUGGUCGGCGCAGCAGCCGGCCGGGCGGCGAGGUCGCGCUGAGGCCGGCGCGUGCUGGCCGGCGCGGCGGCCGCUGACGUUCCAUAUUCGAAUGCUGGCGGUGACAGUGGGCGCGCAUGUGUUGCAUGCUGCUGGCGGCCUGCGAGGAGUGCUACCUGGCGGCGGUGAGCGUGCUGCAGCGCUGCUCCCGCCUGCGCCAUGAGCGUGUCCGUACGAUCCGUUUUGGUGGAAGGCCCUCAGGUGCCAAAAAACAAGGGCCCGUUUACAUAUGCUAACACGCCCAGAGCGCUCUACAACAAUGCCAAACUCAAGACCAACCCCUCCUGCGGCAGCACCGCGGCGGCGCCCUACGCCAACGUGAUGUUCGAGAAGCGCGUGGUGCGCGGCAGCACCGUGACCGCGCACCCGCACGCCGCGGGCGACGGCAUCGAGAGCGCGGCGGCGCGGGCGGCGCGCACGCGGCGACGCGCGCUGGCGCGGCGGGCGGCGGCCGCGCGUCCGCCCGGCACGCCGCCGCCCGCGCCCGGCCGCCGCCACCACCCCAUACAGACCGAGUACUACCUCGAGGAGCUGUUCGACAAGGGCGUGGAGAUGGAGGUGGGCGUGCAGACGGACCUGUUCGUGGACCGCCCCGCCACGCCCGUCUACGUGCCCGCCAAGACCGGCGCCGACGCCUUCACGCAGAUCUACCCUGGAGACCUGUUCGACUUCGACCUGGAAGUGCAGCCGGUGCUGGAGGUGCUCGUGGGCAAGACGACGGAGCAGGCGCUGGCCGAGGUGGCGCAGGAGGAGGAGCUGGCCACGCUGCGCGAGCAGCAGCGGCGCUACUGCGAGCUGCGCGACGCCGAGCUGGCGGAGCGGCAGCGGCUGGCGGCGCACGACCUGCGCCUGCACCAGGAGAAGGAGCGGCGCGUGGCGGAGGCGCGCGCGGCGCAGGAGGCGGCCACCGAGGCGCGCGAGCGGGCCGCCGCCGCCGUGCUGGUGCAGGGCUACGUGGCCGAGCUGCUGCCCUCCGUGCUGGCCGGCCUGCGCGACCAGGGCUACCUCAUGGAGCGCAUCGAGCGCGGUAUCGACGAGGAGUUCAUGCCAUGGCUAGUGGACGAGGUGUCGAAAGAAAUCGAAUCUAUCAUCACGAGUCGAGACGUGAUUAUAGAGAUCGUGCGCGACGUGGUGGAGGCGCGCGCCGAGCUGUACCGCGCGGCCGGCGAGCGCGCCGCCGACGCCGCCGCCGCCGACGACUCGCCCUCGCCCGGCGACCUGCCCACGCCCGAGCACGAGGAGGAGCCUGAAGAAUAACAGAAGGUGAGAAGGCGCCCGCGCCGGCCUUGUCGUGGCGGGACGUGGCAGCGCGUGGUGGGACAUGGCAGCGCGUGGCGGGACGUGGCAGCGCGUGGUGGGACGUGACAGUGCGUGGCGGGACGUGGCAGCGCGUGGUGGGAUAUGGCAGCGCGUGGCGGGACGUGGCAGCGCGUGGUGGGACGUAACAGUGCGUGGCGGGACGUGGCAGCGCG